AUGGAGAGGAAGGAACAAACCAUGACCUUCUACAGUCCCGAGGUCCCCAAAAUAAAAGGGGACCGGAAAUACCAAAGGCCUACUCUCCCUACCAACAAACAUCCGAAUGCCUCGAUGCCACCCCAGAGGCUGCAGCAGUAUGUGGAUCAGACAUACACCUAUACGCGAAUGUUCUGUGGCAGCCUCUGUGGCUUUAGCCUCCUGCUGCUGAUCUGCACGUCUCCACUGAGCUGGGUGCAGUUCCUGGUGACCAACAAUGGCCUUGAGCUCUAUGCAGGACUCUGGACCUUAUGCAACCAUGAGCUGUGCUGGAGCCACACUCCCAAGCCACCCUAUUAUCUACAGUAUUCCAGGGCCGCCUUCAUUGUCUCUGUCCUCACUAUACUGACUGGCCUUGGCUUUCUCUUCAGUUCUUGCCGCCUUACAGAAGGAAGCGUGACCCCUGACCUCGAUCUGAAGCUAUCCAUGCUCAACUUCAUGUCAGCCAUCUGCUUGCUCCUCUGCCUCAACCUGUUUCUGGCACAAGUUGACUGGCAUACUAUGAGUGCCAUGGAGUCCCAAUUCCUGUGGACCUAUUAUCUUAACUGGUUCAGUGACAUCUUAAACACCUGCGCUGGGAUCAUCUCUUUUCUCAUCUAUUUAACUGCCAAGUCUAAUCCCCAUAAUCAAAGUGUCAGAGUGAUUCCACAAGAGAAGUCAAGGCUGGGGAUUGAUCCAGUGCCAAAAGUACUGCCUGCUAAAGCAGGGUCAGGGAAAUCUGAGAUGAAAUCGCCAAGUGUGAGUGGGAAGAGACCACCAAGUACAAGACUGUGAUGCUGAUGGAGAAAAGUUGAAUCCUGCUGUCUUCA